AUGGGUUUAUGCGACGCUACAGGUACAUUGAAAUGCACAGGAAAACAAAUGUCAGAAAGAUACACAAGAGGCAAAACGCUAGGUUCUGGUACCUAUGGUAAAGUUUACCUAGCCACUGACAGAAUGUCUGGAGAGCGUUAUGCAAUCAAAAAAGUGAUGAUGUUUGGUUCUGGAAAAUCCAUACAUGCUUCAACAAUAAGGGAGGUCGGGAUUAUGUUGGAGCUCAAUAACCUUAACUGUGAUAAUAUUGUCAGAAUACAUGAAAUUUUGCAUAGCAAAAGUCAAAUUUAUAUUGUUUAUGAACUUGCAGACUGGGAUCUAAAAGAUUUUAUCCAAAGGUUUGCAGAUGUUACCCUGGAAAAUAAUUUACCCUGUCAACGCUUACCAAGUGAGAUUGCUAAGUCAUUUGCUACUCAGAUACUUGACGGAUUGAUCGUUUGUCACAAGCACCGUGUAAUUCACAGAGAUUUAAAACCCUCAAAUAUUUUGAUAACAAUACAUGGUAUUGUAAAAAUAGCUGAUUUCGGGCUUUCUCGAACAACUUCAAUACCUCACCGCACAUUGUCUCAAGAAGUAAUUACACUGUGGUAUCGGGCUCCCGAAAUACUUCUUGGAAUAGAGAAGUAUAGUCAUUCAAUUGAUAUUUGGAGCUUCGGAUGCAUAUUAUAUGAAAUGGUUUGA